UGAAGCAUUCUCUAAGAUGAUUAACCUGAAAUUUCUUGAAGUUGAUAAUGUGAUCAUUUCCUCAAUCCCCAGAAUUCUUCCUAAUUCAUUAAGAAUUAUGAAAUGGAAUCGGUAUUCUUCCAAAUAUCUCCCAUCAAAUUUUCAAUUGAAUAAACUUGUUUCGCUUAAGAUGUGGCACAGCAAACUAGUUGGGCUCUGGGAUGAAAGAAUUGACUUGCCCAAUUUGAAAUACAUAGGCCUUAGUUUCUCUCGAAACUUGGCAACAACCCCAAUUUUCACUGGCAUUCCAAAACUCAAGGUGUUGAAUCUUCAAUGGUGUGAGAAUUUAGUUGAGAUUCACCCAUCCGUCGCAGAUCUCAAAUGGCUUACACAUUUAAUACUAAAUGGAUGCAAAAGUGUUAAGAGUCUUCCAAAGGAGAUAGAAAUGGAUUCUCUUAUAUAUUUAUAUCUUCAGGGUUGCUCAAAACUGAAAAAGAUUCCAGAAUUUUCAGGACAAAUGAAAAAAAUUUCAACUCCUGAUUUAAAAGGGACGCCCGUUGAGAAAUUACCUUCAUCAAUUGGACGUCUUGUUGGCCUUACUUUUCUGAAUGUAGGCAAUUGUGAAAAUCUCUUAGGUCUUCCGAGCGAAAUUUGUAAUUUGAAGUCUCUUGAAUGGCUCUUUAGUAGAAACACAUUUAGUGACAAAUCAAGGUUUUGGUGGGGCCUUCAAAGAAAAGCUUUUGUGUUGGGUUCGGUACAUGGUUUAUGGUCUUUGAAGUUUUUGGAUCUCAAUGAUUGUGGUCUUUGUGAAGGGGAUAUUCCCGUUGAUAUUGGCUGCUUGUCCUCUUUAGAAGAAUUAGACCUUAGUCGAAACAAUUUUGUUAGCCUUCCUCCAAGCAUUGGAUGUCUUCCUAAGCUUAAGUCACUUAAGGUGAAUGGGUGCCAAAGGCUUCAACAAUUGCCCCAUCUCCGCUUUGGAUUCGUUGAUAAUGAAGGCUUCUGCGAAAUUUACAUGAACACAGACGAUUGCACUUCCUUAACAAUGUUGCCAAAGUUGAGCAUAAAAGAAGGAAGAAGAUAUGUUAAGUUGAGAUGUGUGAAUUGCUUUGGAUUGGUUGAGAAUGAAGGCUGCGAUGAGAGUAUAAUACUUGGAAUGCUCUGGAUUGCUAUGGAUUGGAGAUUUCUUCAGGUACCUCGUUGGAAUAUUCCCGCUUUCCAAAUUGUAACACCUGGAAGUAGAAUUCCAGAGUGGUUCAAUAAUCAAAGUGUAGGAUAUUCCUUAAUUGUGGAGCUACCUUCAUGUACCACUUCGAUUUGGAUUGCUUUUUGUGAUGUCUUUGAAGAAGGUGCCCCUGUGGAUCACCCCAAUCCACCUCAAUACCUUUCUACCAAUUCUCAAAUUGAAUGUCGCCCAAGAGAAGGUGCCUGUGUGCGUAGUAAUCCCAUUACUAAAGGCCAUCUUGUGUCACCUCACCUUUGGCUGAUGCAAGUGGAAACUCUCACCAAAAAUCUAUCUGCUGCAAAAGCCAUGCUCUUUCCAAAUGGUUUUUAA